AUGUCUAUGGGUUCUUCUUUCCACGUCGAAAAUCCGCAUUUGGGGAACAAAGACAGCGUUGAGGACUGGAGAAUAAGAGGGAUAAACCCUUUGACACCACCAGAUCUCCUCCAACAUGAAAUAGCACAAACUCCUAGGUCCAAAGAUACAGUUCUAUCGGGUCGAAAUGAAGUCGUAUCUAUUGUUCAAAACACAGAUCCCAACCGUCGCCUGCUCGUCAUCAUCGGCCCUUGCUCGAUACACGAUCCAGCCGGCGCCCUCGACUAUGCUGACCGUCUUAUGCAACUCAAGGAAAAAUAUGCUGGCGACCUAUUGAUAGUCAUGCGCUCUUAUCUCGAGAAACCUCGGACCACAGUUGGGUGGAAAGGGCUGAUCAACGACCCAGACAUCAACAACAGCUUUCACAUCAACAAGGGACUGAGAAUAUCGAGGCAGUUGUUUGUGGAUCUGACAGAAAAAGGCAUGCCGUUGGCUAGCGAGAUGCUGGACACAAUAUCGCCCCAGUUUUUGGCAGACCUGUUAAGCACUGGCGCCAUUGGAGCGAGAACGACAGAGUCUCAGCUACAUCGAGAAUUGGCAUCUGGAUUAUCUUACCCGGUCGGCUUCAAGAACGGCACAGAUGGAACUUUGGAUGUUGCCAUAGAUGCUAUAGGAGCUGUCAUGCAUCCUCACCAUUUCUUAUCCGUCACAAAACCUGGCUUGGUCGCUAUUGUUGGGACUAUGGGCAACGAGGAUUGCUUCGUGAUCUUAAGAGGUGGGAAGAAAGGGACGAAUUACGACAAAGAGAGUAUACAAGAAGCGAAAGAGGCGCUGGGAAAGAAAGGACUGCGACAAAGGUUGAUGGUCGACUGCAGUCAUGGCAAUUCGCUGAAAGAUCACCGAAACCAACCAAAGGUAGUGAAUGAUUUGGCCGGACAGAUUGCGCGAGGGGAGGAGGCAAUAAUGGGUGUGAUGAUUGAGAGUAACAUCAACGAAGGCGCACAAAAGGUACCCAAGGAAGGCAAAGAAGGCCUGAAAUAUGGAGUUUCUAUAACAGAUGCCUGCAUUGGUUGGGAUACUACAGAAGAGGUGCUCGAAAUACUCGCAAAGUCGGUCCGAAAAAGAAGGGAAGUAUUGGGCAUGAACGGUCAUCAAGAGACGAACGGUCAUACUUAA